CGCCAACAAACCAUUGAAGGAACGAUUCGAUCGGAUCUCUCUCCACAAAACAGUAAAACGCGACUCUACCCUUCUAUUCUUCAAGAGGAAUUUGGAGGAAGAUAGGUCACUAGUGAAUAGUAAAGGAGCACUUAAAAGGCAUUGUCAGACAGUUGUGGGUCAUUUCGGAUCUCUUUCUGCCAUCAGUAGUACGAAGUACAUCGCGACCGUCGGAGAACAACCUCACAACACGAAUCUCAAUCGAAAAAGUAUCACGAAUACAUCGGUCGAUCAUAUCGAGACCAAAUUGAACCAACCCAUCCUACGAUAGAACAGCAUCGCCAAUCAUGUUUCACAACGGCGGCGGAGGAGGUGCCGGGCGAAGCCCGGUGUACCAAAUCGAUUUCACAGCAGUAGCGAGUGGGAAACGAAUUGCCAGUUCGAAACGCCGCGUUCGAUGGUAAGUGUUUUUGUGGGCGUUGCGCUGCGCCGCGAUGCGUUUCUCUUUGUCUUGAUGGUUCGUUUGGGUCGAGCGUCUCGAUGCUCCAUUGGAUGCAAUCGAGUGGAUUGGUAGAAAUGGAUCCGGCGCUGACCGCUGUAUUAGGAACAAUCAGUGUAUCUCACUCGUUGACUCGGUCGCAAUUGCAAUCACAACUCGAACUGGUUCGGUGUGCUGUAUACACUCUACUAUGUUUUUGCUGGGUUUUGAAACCAAAUUACAUGCAAUUCAAUUGGAUCGGAUCGGAUCAAUUACACACAGGCGAUUUGGAUUCGCCAACGCGGACGCCCUGGCCGCCGGACAAACCGGAACGGAUUGCCGCGGUGAAGAGCACGACGUGACGAUCGUGUGGAGCAUUACCUCCGGAAAACGUUUGGUUUUGAUGGAUGGGAAGGAAACCCAUUUUUCGUCCAGUCGAAAUAACUUAUUCGAAUUUUCCUGGACCAUGAAGGGGAACCAUGUCCUCAAGAUCGCUGCCCAUGCCCAGCCGCCCAUGUCUGCCGCCCCUGGAUUCCGGCAGUACGAUUUCUUUGUGGACGGCCAGUCCUUCUUUACCUUUCCCAAAGUCUUUCGCUUGGGUUUGGCCCCCAACGAUCCACGCGGAGCGGGAGGAAGCAGCAGCGGUCGGCGGAGGGAUGCGUCCAAUUAUGGCAACCGCAGCAACAAUGGCUACGACAAUUACGGUGGUCGUGGUGGUGGCGACAUGGUUCCCUAUGCCAAUGGCGCCGGUGGUGGCGAUGUGCGCUCGAUGAACUCUAACAACAUUGCUUCGAUCGAGGCCCCCCACAACCCCGAGGAGGAGGAUGCCUACCUGCGCCAGGCCAUUGAAAACUCGCUCAAGGAGGGACCUUCCCCGAACCGAAGGCCCGCUCCCGCCCCGGCACCAGCCGCGGACAACUUGUUGUUGGAUUUCAUGACCCCUGCGUAAGUGCACUGUAAUGACGCCUUCACUUCGUGAUUCGGAUUUCGUCGUAUGAUACAUUACGGUGCAACAUGCCCUCAACUCCCGAUUUUUCGUGUUUUUCUGAUUUCCGACCAUGAUAAACUAGUGCCCCUGCCCCAGUUGCGGCAUUGCCCCCAUCGACCUCGCAGUAUCCUGGUGACAUGUACGGAGCCCCAACCCCGCAACAACAGCCCGCAUAUGCAGCUCUGCCACCGUCCAACACCGCUCCUGCUGGUCCUCCAACCCAGCAGCAGCAACAAAUGGUGCCUACGGGAGCAUCCUCCGAUCCAUGGGGAAUGGCGUCCAUGGCUAAUUCUCUCCCAUCGACCCAGGGCGCUGUUGCGCAACCCGCACCGAACCCAUACGGUGCACCGGCUCCGCGUCCCCCGCAGCAACCAGCGCAACAACCACCAGCGGCAGCCGUUCCCGGACAACAGCAAUACGGCUUUGCGGCAGCCCCGCCUCCAUUCGGAUCCCCGCCACCGACGUCGAUUUCCGCCACUCCGAAGGAAACCCCGGUCACCCAGGCUUCGAGCCUCGGAUUCGCUUCCCCGUUGGCCCAACCGUUUGGGCCCCCCAAGGAGCAGCCGCAGCUUCAGCCGCAGCAACUGCAGCUCGGUGUUGAACAGGAAGAACAGCCGAUCCCACAGGAGCCUGUUGUAGAACCAGCGCCUGCCCCGGCACCCCCUUCCGAUCCCGCACUUUUAUCUAUGAACGUGCUCAGCGGUCAGCCUGGACCACUCGUCACGGAAGCCAUGACCAACGGCACGGCCGGGCAGGCAGCUGGCUCCAUGGCCGACCAGGCCUACGCGAAACUGGUCAACCUGGAUGCCUUUGACCUGGUGCAAGACAAGAGUGCCGACUCGCGCCAAAACCCGUUCGAUAUGGCUGGGACAACGUCGACCGCGAACGCUAACCUGUCGCUUGCUGACAUGAAGAAGACGAAGAAGCCUUCCGAACCCAAAAAGUCGGUCAUGAAUUCCCCAGCUCCCGCACCCGGAGCACUGGUCUUGUCGGGCAACCAACAGGGCAACUUUGGUGGCUACGGCGGCAUGGGCACGAUGGGACAGCAGCCGCCGGCGACGGGAAUGAUGGGACAGCAGCAGCCACCGCCACUGCAACAGCCGGGCUAUGGAGGAAUGCAACAGCCGCAAAUGCAGGGCUAUGGCCAGCCGCUGCCCCUGCAGCAGCAGCAAUACGGAAUGCAAGCCCCGGCGCCGCCCAUGCAGCAGCAAUACGGAAUGCAGCCGCAGCAAGCUCAAUACGGGCAGCAACAACCUACCCAGCAGCAGCAAGCCUAUGGGCAACCGCCGCCCCUCCAGCAGCAGCCGUAUGGCUUUUAACACGUAACAAGGAAGUACAGUAAACAAAAAACGGUACCUUGUUGGCUUCCCCAUGAUCCGUACAAAUGUUUAAGUGACAUUGUUUUGCCCCAAAGGUGUCUUUCGCCACUGCUGUAUUGGCCGUUUCCUUUUCCAGCUGUUGGUGUUCCUGAUUUCGUCCGCAAUUAUUUCUUGUUUCGACAACCACUCUAGGAUUCUAUUCGGACUAACUAGUAUUUACGUUGCCAGUAAUCUACAAUCAUUGGAAAGUCUCCCGUUAGUGUUGUUCAAUAAUAUUAGCAAAAGCAU